AGAAUACUGGACCCCAGCUGAGAACGACUGCUGUGACGUUAUUUCCGGGGGAUUGCGGAACAUCACCACAUGAUACAUCAAGGUUUCCGGAUCGAUUGUCCAUUAAGACAAAAUAUCAUUUAAAUCUACUACAACAGAUGGCGAGUCUAUGGAAGGAGGUUCAAUUUUUCCCUUAAUUUCAGCAGAAUUAAAAGGGGCCAUAUCUUAUUUCGGGCAGCAAAAAAGGCCAGCAUUGAGGGAAGACAGCUGACAUGGACCCGGUUACCACAGGGGUCCAUGACUAGCCCAUCGGAAUAUAGUUGCAAGCUAAAGGUGGUAUUAGACCAGAGGAUCCGGAGGUCGCACUGUUACAAUAUGUGGACAAUCUAUUAGUUUGUUGCCCAGACAAGGAUUCAUGCUAUAGACACACUAUCUCGCUACUGAACCAUCUGGCAUCCACUGGGAAUAAGGCUAGCAAGGAAAAAUUGCAGUUUUGUAAGGAGAAAGUUAUUUUUCUAGGCCACUAUAUCUCAAAAGGGCCCGACAACUGACACAACGGAUACAGACUCUCAAAGACUUCACCCGAACUCGUAAUGCCCGACAGUUGAGAGCCCUUCUAAGUCUGAUCAAUUACAGCAGAGAUUGGAUCCCUAAUAUUUCAUUCAGAAUGGGCCCUCUCUAUACGUUACCCUCUCAGACACCAUUUUAACUAACUGACGAACACUGGUCAACCCUCCAGGAUCUGAUCCAGGAACUCUCCAGGGCACAAGGUCUUCCCAGCUAUGACCUACCCUUUUAUCUCUUUUGUCACGAAAGCAAAGGGCAUGCCACUGGGGUACUGACCCAAUUACAUGGAUCCAGGUAUAGACCCAUCAUGUACAGUUCCACUGAAUUGGAUCCAGUCAUCAAAGGUUCACCUGGGUGCGUCCGAGCUCCCCCCGCCUGUGCUGUGUUAUUACAGAAAGUUGGUGACAUAGUUUUAGAUUCCCCUCUAACCCUUCUCAUCCCACACUCUGUCCAAGAGAUUCUUAACCAGGUCCAGACCAAACAUCUUUCAGCAGCACGUCUAACCAAAUAUGAAGUGACUCCUUACCGAUGUACAAGACGAUUUACAAUCCUCAAUCCCGCAUCUCUUCUCCUGACCCAUUCUAACUCGGUAGAAGAGGGGGGGAUGAAGGGAUUGUGACUGACUCUAACCCAACCAUGACAGAACCAACAGACAAUCACAACUGUCUUGAACUCAUGGAACCCGAGACAGAAGCAGUACAACAUCCACCUCCCUUAACGUGACGGGUGGAUCCACGCCAGCCACUGCAAGAAGCUGCUGGACUAUCAAGUGCAAUGAUCAGGUUCAUUGUUUCUAUAUACACUUGUUGUUUAAUGUAUUUUGGAUACUGUUAUGAGGAGUCACAUUUACAAUUAGCAAAGACAGCAAAUAGGUCCAACUGCUCGGUGUGCUCCAAACCCCCUCCGAGCCAGAGCAUCCCGGCGAUGGCGGCAGUACAUGCCCUUUAUGACAUCAGGGUGGGCAUGAGAAAAUUUAGUCCUUCAGGUAGAUCAGCGGAACGCCAUCUGUCCAUAGAAUUUAAUCAGACAUUCUUAGAUGGUAAUGUCACCUAUGGUCUUGAUGUCAGCCCCGAGGCAUGUACUAGACUUAGCAGUUCCGUGUGGGUAUCCGGUCAAUUAGGCCAGCCCGGGAUUUGUUUUAAUAUCAGCUCUGGUUUUGGAGCCAAGUCCCUGAUCGACCAUAGAAUCGCUGACGGUAACAACCUAACCACCAGACAUGAUUAUGUCUGCUGGGGGGGAGGGUGUGACAUUCAGGAGGGUGCAGCCAUCCCAUUAUCCAUCCAGUUGUUGCGCAAUGCCCGUAACCGUAACCCCAAUGACCUUUGUGUCUCAUUAACUGGGCCCUAUUACUUUUUGUGUGGCCAGGCUGCCUAUAGAGUCUUUCCCCCCGAAUACUAGAGGGUCAUGCUCCCUAGUAGGGUUAGUCCCUGCCUCCUACAUCCAACGGUCACAAGGACCUGAUGGUGCAGAGGAGGGUGAGUGUGAGAAGAAGGACCAGGAGAGAGCUAUUCUCCGCAGGGGACCGUGACCGGAUGGGGUAUAGAACUUAUGAAGCGCUAAAUAGUUUUUCCAUCAUAAUGGACGAGACAGUCGAAGCCAUGAGAGAAAUUUCUUCUAAACAACGACAGCUGAAGACCCUUAUGCUUCAGGAGAAAAGGGCUCUCGACUAUCUUUUAGCAUCAAAAGGGGGUUUCUGUGAGUUUAUCGGGGAGGAUUGCUGUACCUGGGUGGAAGAUACUGGGGACAAGGUUCAGGCCCAUCUUGACAAGGUGAAAGCAUUACAGGGACAAGCACGCGCUAUUGCAGAGGAGGGUUGGAACCCCUUUAAAGGUUUAGGGGGCUUCGGUGAUAUGUUGUUUUCUAUUGGAUCAUGGCUUAAAGAAGUUGGAGUGUAUGUCCUGAUGCUGCUCUGCUUUCUUUUCCUCCUCUAUGUGACAGCGAGAAUGUUUGGUGAACCAAGUUGCAAAGAGCUGUGCAGAGGACCAUGUGAUGAUUCCUUAAAGAGCCAUCGCCUGAAGCAUCCGGAACCCUUUACUUCAGGAAGAUCAGCACAGGAAAAACCACCACCUUUUUUUAACACAAACUAUGGACUGAUCCCUAAAAGAACCGACUUCUUCCCUUCUUGGAAACUUUUUUUGGGCUGUUCUUCUCAAAGAAGACAUAACCAGAAACCUUGUAUGAUGACAUCACCUCCCUGAAGGCCAGUCUGGACCUCAUGAUCAA